GAUGAACACAAUGAUGAUGAAUCCAAUGAUGAUGAAUCCUAUGAUGAUGCAACCAUGGUCCGUCAAUGGCAAUUAUGGCAUGAUCAACCACAAUCAACCAUUGAAGGAAGAAGAUGAUGAAGAGGAUGAUGAUGUACCCUUAGCAAGACCUAUGACAGCUAAUCAAUCAAGAAAUCGUAGACAAAGUACAAGUCGUUAUUGAAAUAGGUUCCUUUAUACAUUAGAUUGAUGCCCUCAUUCUCUCUUUUUUUUUAUUAUUAUUAUUAUUAUAUAUUAUUAUUUUGUUCCAUAUCUCACUUCUGCACUUUACAUUCACUCAUAGUUUAUUUUCUCAAUGACAUUCUCUUUCAUUCACACUCCUCUCCCCCCCUUGUUUGUUUUCUCCCUACUCAUUGCUCCCUUGUUUUCCUGUCUCUUGUUUUUUUUUCAUAAA